UUUUUGCCCAUAGAGUUUGGUGGAUAAUGAAGAAAAGACUGUGAAACACACAAGAAGGGUGUGGCAGAGAGCAGCCCAUUUGCCCACUGAUCGGAUGCGGUUUUAAAUUCUAACCUCCAAAAGCUAAUCCUCAAUUUUGUGCCACUCCAUUCAUGACCACCACAUCCUUUGUCGUCUUCCUCUGUUUUCCCCAAAUCUUCUUGUUUUUUAGCAAUUAUUUGUCAAUAUUUUUCUUGGCUCACUGCCAUUCGAGUUUAUCUACUAUACUAGUACUAGUACUCCCUCUACGGCUACUCCUUUGCAUGCACUCUGCUCAUUUUUCUUGAGCCUUCAGGUCUCUCCCUCUCUCUCUCUCCCUCUCUCUUGUUGAUUGGUGUUUGUUGGAAGUAAAGAGAUCAAAGCAAGGGAUUUGUGAAAAAGGCAGUGCAGAGAUGGGUGAGAUCACAAACGUAAGCGAGUACCAGGCUAUUGCCAAGGAGAAAUUGCCGAAAAUGGCGUAUGACUAUUAUGCUUCGGGCGCAGAGGACCAAUGGACUCUUGCUGAGAACAGAAAUGCAUUUUCGAGGAUUCUGUUUAGGCCCCGGAUUCUGAUUGAUGUAAGCAAGAUCGACAUGACUACCACUGUGUUGGGCUUCAAGAUCUCUAUGCCAAUCAUGAUUGCCCCCACUGCUUUUCAGAAAAUGGCUCACCCUGAUGGUGAGUAUGCAACAGCUAGAGCUGCAUCAGCGGCUGGAACUAUCAUGACACUGUCGUCGUGGGCCACUUCCAGCGUUGAAGAAGUAGCCUCCACGGGACCUGGCAUUAGAUUCUUCCAGCUUUAUGUCUACAAGGACAGGAACGUCGUGGCUCAGCUUGUGAGGAGAGCUGAAAGGGCGGGUUUCAAGGCCAUUGCACUCACUGUGGACACCCCAAGAUUGGGACGCCGUGAAUCUGAUAUCAAGAACAGAUUUGUUUUGCCACCGGGCUUGACACUGAAAAACUUUGAGGGUUUGAACCUCGGGAAGAUGGAUCAAGCCAAUGACUCUGGUCUUGCUUCAUAUGUUGCUGGUCAAAUUGAUCGUACAUUGAGCUGGAAGGAUGUUAAGUGGCUGCAAUCAAUCACUUCAAUGCCAAUCUUGGUGAAGGGUGUGCUCACUGCAGAGGAUGCAAGGAUUGCUGUCCAGAGUGGAGCUGCUGGCAUCAUCGUCUCCAACCAUGGCGCUCGCCAGCUGGACUAUGUGCCCUCAACUAUCAUGGCUUUGGAGGAGGUGGUGAAAGGUGCACAAGGGCGGGUUCCGGUGUUCUUGGACGGAGGUGUCCGCCGUGGAACAGAUGUGUUCAAGGCAUUGGCACUAGGAGCCGCUGGCAUCUUUAUUGGGCGACCGGUGGUGUUCUCGUUGGCUGCGGACGGAGAGGCCGGCAUCAGGAAAGUGCUCCAGAUGCUGCGCGAUGAGUUUGAGCUGACGAUGGCGUUGAGUGGUUGCCGCUCGCUUAGUGAGAUCACGCGCAACCACAUUGUCACUGAGUGGGAUGCUCCUCGAGGCCUCCCGGCCCCUAGGUUAUAAGAGAUGCGUGCAUUAAAAAACAUAAACAUAAGAGAUCCAUGUGAAAAACCUAUAUAUUUUGUUUCAUGUUGUCAAAUAUUCUCAACUUCUUCAUUCUACUCAUUUGUCUUUACAUAAGCUUUUGAAUGAUGAUGGAACACUUAUAUUA